AUGACUGAAGAUAAUUACAAAUUAGCGUGGAAAUGUAUUAACGAUCGUUUCAAUAAUGAAAAAAUCAUAAUUCAAACUCAUACAAAGGCUAUUUACGAUAUAGAGGCAAUUAAAAGAGAGUCAGCUUCUGAAUUACGUCGUUUAUUAGACACAUUAGCGGGAGAAAUGACUACGCUAAAACAACUCGAUAGCACAACAUUGAAGGCGUGGGAAACCGACGCGCCUAAAACCAAGAUGCCAAUGGUUGAAGAAUUAAUACAAUUCUUAGAAAAAAGAAUUCAAAUUUUAGAAGCGGUAGAAGGUUCUCAGAGGCUGUCAAUUAAAGGUGAUAGCGACAGAAAGGAAAUGCCAUUUGUAAAAGAUAGAAAGCGUAGGGAACCGGAGUGGCAAAAAAGAACGGCUAUGCACGCGUCAUCGGCAAAAUUAAGAUGUUAUCUUUGUGAUAAAACUCAUGCGAUAUACCGCUGUCCUCAGUUUCUUUCGCUAUCCAUAAAGGAGCGUCAAGAACAAGUCAAACAAUUAAAUAUAUGUGUCAUAUGUUUGGGUCGUCACGCUGAAAAUACAUGUAAAUUUUCCAACUGUAGAAAAUGCAGCGAACGCCAUAAUACGUUAUUACACGGCCAAGCAGACGACAUUUCGACUAGCGCUGCCGUAAGUGCUCAUACGACGAUCGGGGAAAGUAAACAAGUUUUGUUGUCCACGGCAAUUAUAAGAAUUGAUUCCAAAACCAAUGAGUCUUUUUUAGCUAGAGCAUUAUUAGACUCAGGUAGUCAAAUAAAUUUGAUGACUGCUGAGUUAGCUCAAAAACUAAAGUUACCUAAAAGAAAAAUAAAUGUGUCUAUUUCAGGUGUAAACAAUACUGCGAACAAAUCGCAUUACGCAGUAACAACAACAAUAAGAGCGAGAGAAACAGAAUAUAAUAGUAUUCAAGAGUUCCUUGUAUUGCCGAAAAUAACGACGACAUUACCUGCCGAUAAUGUUGACAUAGCUUCGAUUAAAUUGCCUGAUUACGUCAAACGAGCCGACCCGUCCUAUGCGGUUGCGGGGAAAAUAGAUAUAUUAAUUAGAGCUGAAUGUUUUUAUAGCAUAAUUCGUGGCGGCAAGUACAAUGAGAAUCCGAAUGUUGUUUAUCAAGAAACGGACUUGGGCUGGGUAGCUGCAGGAUCCGCUCUAAUUAUGNGCUGGGUAGCUGCAGGAUCCGCUCCAAUUAUGAAAACGCGUACAAAUCAUUCAUUUUUUACAACAACAGUUAUAAUUGAAAAUGAAGUCAGCCUAAAUCAGCAAAUGGCGCAGUUUUGGAAAAAUGAAGAAAUUAUACCUAAACGUAUUGUCAACUUAGAAGAAAAGGCCUAUGUUGAUCAUUUUGAAAAUACAGUUAAACGAAAUGAUGAAGGCCGAUUUGUAGUGGAGCUGCCGAUAAAAAACAAUUGUAAUAAUUUGGGCGAAUCAAAUAAAUCCACUGCUACUAUUUCAACUAAUCGCUAUUUAAAAAAAAACCAGCAGUGUCCCGGCACAGUGUGUAUAAUUGGGUGCAGUAUAGAUGAUAUGUGA